AUUCUCUCCAGAAGAAGAAACGAUUUGUUGAGCACCGAGACAAUCCAACAGAGCUCAUUUCAACAGUCGGUCGUGUUCUCUCUCGCUUGGAAAGAUGCUGUCCUCUCGCGUCCAAUGCGCGCUGGCUCUCCUGUGUCUUGCCUUGGCUGUUAGCAGCGUCUCCGCCGCACCUUCAGACUUGAGACUCCGGCAACUUCUCCAGAGAUCGCUGGCUGCGUCCGCAGGAAAGCAGGAGCUUGCGAGAUACACUCUUGCAGAGCUGUUGUCGGAGCUGGCCCAGUCGGAGAACGAGGCGCUGGAAUCCGACGAUCUAUCCCGGGCAGCCGAGCAAGAUGAAGUCAGGCUCGAGCUGGAGAGAUCUGCCAACCCGGCCCUAGCCCCCAGAGAACGCAAAGCGGGCUGCAAGAAUUUCUUCUGGAAAACUUUCACAUCGUGCUAACCUGGAUCCAAGCUACCGCGACUUCCCUCACUACAUUUUCAACACCACGAUUUUUCCUUUUCUCCUUUGACCAGCCUCCAGUGAUCACUCCUCUCUUCAGAGCCGCAGACUGUAAAUAAAAUACUAUAUAAAGUGUUAUUAUGGUGAUUUGAAAUAAUUCUAAUAAUCAUUUAAUUUAAAAUUAACAGAAGAGUCUUCUGAAGUUUUACGAAUGUAUGAAAUCUGCUUUGUGGUUCAUGUAUAGGUCCUGAUAAGCGCUAUCUGAUUCUGGCAGAUAUACUAUUUUUAAUUGUUUCAAUAAAAUAUAUGUUUCAGACUCCAA